GAGAGGGAGGACGCGCCGUCCAUCACCAUGAAGCUCGUCGACCAUGUGGUGAGGAGCUUCAAGGUGGCCAAGGUAUUCCGCGAGAACACGGAUCGGAUAAACAGCAUCGACUUCUCGCCGAACGGCGACACCCUGAUCUCCUGCUCGGAGGACGACCAGAUCGUCAUAUACGACUGCGAGAAGGGCACGCAGGUGCGGACGGUCAACUCCAAGAAGUACGGCGUCGACCUGAUACACUUCACCCACGCCAAGAACACCGCGAUACACAGCAGCACCAAGGUCGACGACACGAUCCGCUAUCUCAGCCUGCACGACAACAAGUACAUACGUUACUUUCCCGGUCACUCGAAAAAGGUAGUAUCGCUAUGUAUCAGCCCCAUCGAGGAUACGUUCCUCUCUGGUUCCUUAGACAAAUCCCUACGACUGUGGGACCUGCGCUCGCCGAAUUGCCACGGGGUGAUGAACGUCUCGGGCCGACCGGUGGCUGCGUACGAUCCGGAGGGUCUUAUCUUCGCCGCUGGCGUCAAUUCCGAAAGUAUCAAGCUGUACGAUCUGCGCAGCUUCGAUAAGGGCCCAUUCGUCACCUUCAAGCUCUCGCAGGAGAAGGAGUGCGAUUGGACCGGAUUGAAGUUCAGCAGAGACGGCAAGACCAUCUUGAUCUCCACUAACGGUAGUACGAUUCGUUUAAUCGACGCUUUUCACGGUACGCCCUUACAGACUUUCGCCGGAUAUCUCAACAACAAGGGGAUCGCCAUAGAGGCCAGUUUUAGUCCGGAUUCCCAAUUUGUGUUCAGUGGCUCCACGGAUGGUAGGGUGCAUGUGUGGAACGCGGAGACCGGUUACAAAGUUUGCGUGCUGAAUGGUGACCAUCCGGCACCGGUGCAGUGUAUCCAGUUCAAUCCCAAGUACAUGAUGCUGGCGUCGGCGUGCACCAACAUGGCUUUCUGGCUGCCCACCAUCGACGAGAACGCAUAAGACUAAUUUAUGUGGAAUGCAGAGCUAUAUACGCCAGAAGAGCUGUGCACUUUGUAAAAGGAAGAACGACAGAGAGGGAGAGGAACAGGGCAAGGAGUGUGCGGGAAGAGAGAGAGACAGACAGCUGAGAGCCAACAACCAAUCGGAUGUUUUAUAACUUGUUCGAACGAAUAUAUUUACAUUGCAUUUACAUUAUGUGCAUGAAACUGGAAUGUGUCGCAAAGCUGUCGGUAUGGCAUUACCAAUUUUCGAAAAUGUAUCCGAGGGAGCAUCGUGAGAAUUCAUGAGGUAAUUCGACCAGCUGGCCCACGGCUAGGCGGUUUCAAGAAGGUCCACGUGGAACGCAACUUUCGAUCGUCAUCAUCGUCGUCGUCGUCAUUGUCUUCAUUAUACACAAAUAUAGGAGGAUAUCCAUGUCUCGUAAAUGUUUCGAAUGUGUCGCGUAUAAAUAGCCUCUUCUUGCGUACCUGUGUGUAAUCGUUUAAACGAUACGUGGAAAAGAAAAUAACGCAAUCUGUCGCGCGCGGGAAGAGGCAUCUUCGGACUUCGUCCGUUCCCCAGGGGCAGUCGACCGCGUUUUGCCCCAACUGUGUUCGAGAGAGGGAAAAAAUUGCCGUAGAACGAAUUUUCUCGUCUAGCGCUAGCUGUUGCCAGAUACGCCUGUGGUGUAGAACGACGCGCUACCGGAAGCGAUACCGAUCAUCCGAGAAUUUUGUAAGCUAAACGUGGAAACAGCUUUUCGACCUAGAGACGGGCAUGAUUCGCGUGUUCCGAGUACGGCGUUCUUUUGAAUACAGCCACGCGUUCGAUUGAAUUUACACUGAGUAAAGAAGUCGUCCGGCAAAAUCGAAAAUGUAAUCGGCGACUCGGUUUUCGGCCACCCAUCGGUACGACAGUGCAACACGUUACGUUAUUAUUACGCUUUACAUUUUUGAUAACCGGUCACGCGCGUCGCCUCAGACACGGCGUGUUAUAGAAAUGUUAAUUUAAUUUAAUUAAAAACGCGCCAAAGCGCGCGCGAGCGAUCUCCGAAUAGUCGUUUAGAUCCCAUUGACGUUUCAGCAGACAGUCUGUAAAGCGAAUCGUACAUCUGAUUGUAAUACCAUUACGCUCUGAUUCGUACAUGGCCGUAUACAGGAUAGGUUUGUCCUUUUUUCGGGCUCGAAACCGCGAGGGGAAUCAUCGCGCGAAAUGAGGAAUGGAAUUCGUAAUUUUUUUGUUGUGAUAUUACUUCGUCUUUGACAUUGGUGGUUUUGUCUAUUUUACGACGUAAGUAAUACGACGUAAUAGUAUAGGUGUUAUCAACCUUCAAUUCUUAUCUCACCCGUUUAGCUUUCGUAUAUACGUAGUUCUAGGUAAUACGUGAGAUAACGCCACGCGUUAUCUCAUAGUUGCCAAUGAAGACUCGAGACCGCGAACGUAGCCGGUGUUAAAUACGUAGUACAUAGAAACUAUCGCCUCUUGAAGCCCGUAUGGAGCGCGUGUAAGGUCGUCGUAACAAGGACGUGAAAUAUCGACUCUUUUUUCCUGUAUGCGGCCAUGCUCGAUCCUCAUACGUAGACCGUUUCGGAAACACCUAAUUGCGUCCCGCGUACGCGAGCCGAAAGCGUAAUAUACACCUGGAUAGCGAUCGUGUGACUUCUUCCCCGGGGCGUAGACGUGAAAAAGUGAAAGAUUUCUCCACUAGUUUCAUGACAAAAGUGUUCACACUGACAUUUUUCACAUUUUUUCGCGCCAGGGAAAAAGCUACAUGAUCGGCUACCCCGGAUGGAUUCCCGAUAAUCGAAGGCAGUGAAGACGGCGGAAAAGAUCGUCGCCGGUGCUGAAAGCCUCCCCACCGCUUUCAAAACAAAUCGCGCUUCUCGUUUCAAGAGAAGCCACGAGAUCGUGUUUCUCCAUCAUCCGUGGGUGAUCGACGAUGGUGUGAGCAACCGGCGCUGAUCUUGGCCGUCGUCGAAGACGAGGAUGUAACCAGGAGGCGCACUAGAUAUCAGCGCGAAAGAGCGAUAGAGCGACACUGUGAACGUAACGUAUUUAUUAUGAGAUAACAAGCAAGAUGAUAUUUCCUUUUAUCACCGAUUGUAACUUUAACGAUCAGUUAUAAAGGGACGAAGGAAAAGGCGAAGAGACAGAAAGAGAAGGAAGAAAAGAAAAACGCGUGUCCUGACGAAUGGAUAAAGUCCUCCGCGCGACAAGGUGUUGCUUCACUCGCGGUGCGUAAUUAUUCACCGCGGCGACAUGCGUGCAUAAUUGUCGGCAACAACUUUGCGUUUACCGUAUUGUGAUACAAUGUACAGUCGUGGACGUUAUCGAUUGCACUUUUUUUUUUUUUCAAUAAAUUUCGAAACGCACUAAUAUUUUGCAAAUGCGAACCACGAUUGGUGUACUGUCUCUAGAUUAAAGAUAGUACACCAUCGUGGUUCGAAUUUGCAAAAUAUUAGUUACCUAUAAAAUGUACUCUAUAUAUAUUAAAUGUAUACUAAAAAUCUAUGGAAAAAGUGUCGCAACUUAUAUGUCCACGACUGUACGCCUCUAAUCUACACGCGUGUAACCGGCGGGCCGGAUAAAAAACACGUUCGACAUUCGUAGGAAGCGCGGUUUUUCCUCUUCUUCUGUCCUCUGUUUUUUUUUUAGACGUAAUUGUAUCUCGUGGAUUAAUAUUUGGCGUUUGUAUGCGAUACAGGACGGUAUCUCAAUCUCGUUUUUCAGUGAACAAGAUUUAUGCGUAACGCAGCGUAACAUCCAUUCGCUCGCCAGCAAACGACACGUGAGGUACCACGUCCGCGGUGUUACUCCGCAUCCGAGGCGAAUUAACGCGGCGCGGACGAAUAGGCGAGCGUUGUCGCACGUCCAAUUUCGUUUCUUCGUUAAAAAGACAAGAGAAAAAAAAUGAACAGGAAGGAAAAAACACUUUGCCGUGUAUCCCGCUACCCCGUACACGGUACGAUCGCACGGAGCCGCGCGGCGAGUCUUGCGUUGCAACUGUACGAAUAUCUGAUUCUUCCGACUGCUCUCUCGCGCGCUCUCUCUCUCUCUCUUUCUCUCACAAAUCUCAAAUCUUGCUCUCCGCCGUUUCCGCGGAAGCGCUUACAGUGAUCCAAACUCGAUCGUUGCUCGAUCUAUUCGAUCGCCCGCCGCUCCUGUCUCCAUCCUUUUCGUAUAUGUAUAUAAUAAUUAUAUAUACGGUAGUAUACAUUAUUUCCUGUAGAAUUUUCUAGGCGUCUCCGUUUAACAUAUGUUUCGUGCAAGAGCGAUGUAUUGGUCAAUGAUAUAUUGUUCGAUUGCGCGUGUGUGCGUGCGUGCUUGCGUGUAUAUGUAUAUGUGUGUACGAGCGAGUGAGUACGCUUAGUGCGAGUGAUUAUUAUACGUUUGUAUCCAAUACGAAUCCGUCUGUAUGUGUGUGUGCGUGUGUGUGUGUGUGCGCGCGCGCGCGCCUGCGAUCUGCAUGGGCGAGAGCUUGCCUCCUGCGCUGUAAAAUAGUAUUUUUUAUAACGGCGACGCGGUGUGCGCGAAAAAAAAAAUUGUACUGAUAGGGCGUCUUACCUGCGAACUCGCGCGGGACGAAUCUCGCGUGCGCUUUCGCGAGGGGGAGGGGGGGAAAGAGAAAUUAAUUACACGGAGAGGAGUACAAAGACCUCGACCCUUCAGCUGCGACAGUUUGUUCCGACGUGUUCAGAGCCCUUCCCCCGCCUGAGAUCGUUCACUGAACGCUGUGCAUCGCGCGCGAAUGUAGAAUCAAUUUCUUUUUACGAACAGCAUCACCUGGUGUCGUUUUCAAUCUUUUAUUAGAAUAUAUAGGAAAAUGCGUUUCAAGAGAAGCGUUUCAGAUAAUAUUUAUUUUAUUUUUAUAAUUUAAGGCGCGCGUUUAGCACAGCACAAACGCCCGAAUUGACAUUACAUUGUACAUUAAGACCUUAUGCUGAAAUUAUUGCAAUUACACUGUAAUUAUGCGACUAAUUAUUCAUAUUAAUUAUUGUUCGAUGAGUGAGAGACGUCAUUUGUAUUUAAUAUUACCUCAGAUUGGAUUCUUCGUUAUUUCUUCUCAUGCAGUUUUUUUUUUUUAUGCACAGACACUGCGCGGCGAAAGGGUUGAAGGUCAAUCGAAUCGCCUCGAAUGUUACGAAAAAAUGAUCUUACGUAUUUAGAAUUAAAAUUUGACACACGUACAUACUGCCAGCCAACCGAGCGAGCGCCCGGCCACGGGCCCGCGCCUUCGAUCUCGUUCGAGACUUUUGGAGAGCCCUUAAGAAAAAAAAAGAAACCGAGCGAUCGACUGUACUAUUAUUACGACUAUACCGCUGCUAUUAUUACUACCGCUACGUUAAGCGUUAAUAGAUUAAAACCGCCGGUUCGAAGCCCUACUCGAUCGGCGAACCAGAGUGAUCGCGCUCGAGUGACGAAAAAAAAAAAAAAA